UUAAGAUUCCACAGCCAUCUGGUCUCUAUUUGUGUCCGCCUCCCUCCUCCUUGCUUUAGCUGUUACAGAUGUGGGCUGUUUAUUAAAGUUAGGCAACAGGAAAUACCCCAAAUCUUUAGGGGCCCUAUAAGAGGGGGAACGGAGGCCAAGUGAAGAAAAGGAAAGCAACUGUUCGCCAAAAUCUUGCUCUAUAUGGUCACAGAAAACUAAGCCUGAAAAUGAAAUUUGAGAUACUUUAAAAUGCUGGGAAAAGUAGAGCGAGCUGCACACAGGGCGGCAAGAUCUAGAGAGCCAGAAAAGGAAAGACAAGAGAAGGAACAGGUCUACAUUUGGCCCCUCUUCCCAUCCUCUUUUCCUCUCAGGAAACACAUCCUGUUGCUGGCGGACGGCGGUGGCCAAUGUGUUUGUUGCACACGAGAGAGAGGACUUUAGCGAACGCCCCCUGGGCUCCAGACAAAAGAAUACACAACAGUGACGUCUAAGAGGGGGGUCUUUUGGACAUUCUCUCACACAAACACAUUGACACACACACACACAUUUAAAGUGAUCGUGAAGGAGGAGGCUGUCUGUUUAAAGCUUGCUACAGUUGCGAACUCAUGUCUCGGACUAUAACAGCAACUCCCCCACAUUUCAACUCUGACCUCAAGGAUUUUCAAAGAAACAGUUAAGGAAGAGAGAAAGAGACAGAAGGAGGUGGGUUAAAGGAUUUUUUGUUCCAGUCAGGCAGUGGGAGAGUUGAGAGGCAGUCUUGGUAAAGUCACUGACGAGUCGGCUUCAAGCAACACUGUCCAGAGAAUCUAUGCUUAUUUGCAUCUCUACGCUUCUGAAAGCAAUGUAAAAUUGCUGCAGGAAAAAGGCGAAAAAAGAAAGAAAAGAAUAAACUACUACCUACACAGAGAAGCCAGCUGCACACACAGAAGUCAGACAAGUGCACUGAAGAAGGACAAGGAGAAGAUAAAGAAAAAGCAAGAAAGUAGCAAGAUCUAAGAGUCAAGCUGCAGCCAGCCGGAGCCAGUGGAAUGGACCUAGGUGUCAGUUGGAUUAAUCCCAGCGUACCCGCAGUGCUGUCUGAGGAGGAGGGUUGAGGAUCUGCUGCAACGACAACCAACUCCUGAAUGAGGAUGAAUGGAGAUGUUCUUUAGCUAAGCCUCAAGACAACACUUUCGCCAAUUCCACCUCUGUGUGAGCUGGGACAAGACUCGCUAACAGCUGGAGGAGGAGGAGGUAGUGGUGGUGGUGGCGGAGGAGGUGGAGAGGAGCCAGGGGGCCCAGAGCACUGCUGGUGCUACAGCCCCAGAGGAGAACCAAGAGAGCGGGCAGGACACCGCGGAGGAUCAAGGGUCGUUGGAGGGACUCGAGGAAGGGGGAGAGGUGGCGGGCAUCAGGCGCCGCAUGGCCGUGCAGAAGCUGGUGGCGGCAGCAGUGACAGUAGCCCUGCUGUCCCUGGUCCUAAAUAAUGUUGCAGCCUUCACCCCCAGCUGGGUCCUGCAGGCCCUGGAGGACGGACGCAAGCGGAGCGUGGGACUAUGGAGGAUGUGCCCCACUGGUGGGGAAAGGGGCCGAGAUGAUCUCCAGGGUGGAAGGAGGGGGCAGGGGGCACAGAGGCAGUGCGAAGGCCUGGGAUGGGGCUCUGAUUUUGCAGGCUACCAGGAAUCCCGCAGCACCGUCAAAUUGCAGUUUGACAUGAUGCGGGCAUGCAACCUGAUGGCGACGGUGGCCCUGACUGCUGGUCAGCUGAUCUUCCUUCUUGGACUGAUGGAGCUGCCCUUCAUCACACAGGAAUCCCAGUGGUGGGAGGAGGCCAUUGCUGCACUCUUCCAGCUAGCCAGUUUUGUGCUGGUGAUUGGACUUGUGACCUUCUACAGGAUCGGGCCGUACACACACCUGUCCUACUCCUGCUACCUGGACAUAGCUGCUUGCUUGCUGGCCACAAUGGCUGCGGCCAUGCUCAUCUGGAACAUUUUACAUCGCCGCGAUGACUGCCUCGCACCUCGAGUUAUCAUCAUCAGUCGUUCACUGGCAUCACCGUUCCACCCACGCUUAGACAAUGACUAUGUGGAGUCGCCUUGUUGAGCCACGUCACUUCAUAAACCAAGCAAAUAAGGAGUACAAGAUUGUACAAGAAGUCCAGCUAUGAGUCUCAAAUGUGAUUCUCAAGAGCAGAGGGCUUCCCUGUGGCUCUACAACAGCUGGACUCACAUGUACCUGCAAAUGUUAAACUCUAUAUUUCACAACUUCUCCCACCAUAAUCAAAGAUAUUAGAAUUAUUUUGCGACUUUGUGCACGAAAGUCACAGAUUAAACUAAAAUGAAUGUACAAAAACAGCCCUAAACUUCCAAACAUAAUCAAAACUGUAUGAUGUUUCAUUUAUUCUUGCUUGGGUUUAGCUAAUUUGUAGCUAAAUUUAGUAUUUGGACGAAUACUGUUUUAUAUGAAACAUCCUGCUAAUGAAAAGAUCAAGCUGGAACUUGACCUGUUUUGCUAUAUGUGCACUUAUUAAAUGGCCUCCUGCAUAUUUUUAAAUUGGAAAUGAUGAAAAAUGUAACACCAGAAUACCUCAUAUUUGUUCUCAUCCAGUUAAAGCUUUUUACAUUUUUAAUAAAUAUUAAUAUUAAUGACAUAUGUUGCAAGUAAGUAGAAUAACUAACAAGGUAAAAGCAGAGGAGUAAGGGAAACUUUUUUUAUUGGGCUCACCAUUUAAUUUUAAAAUGGCCAUGAGAGGUGAUAUAUGUUGAAAUGAGGGAAUAUUUUCAUCCUCUCAUUAUUAGUUCCUGCCAUAUUCAUAUUUUUCCCUCUUGAAAAAAAGGAAAAGAAAAAAAGAAAAUGACCUGCCAAGGAAUGUAUGCAAAUUGUUGUGAAUUUCUAUCAAAUGUUUUGGAGACGUACAACUUUUAAAUGACAUACAAAUGACAUUCAAUAACAAUUUUUCAUGCUUUCCAUACAAAUCUCUGCUCGCUUGUGGUACAUACUGUAUACUUAAAUUAAUAUAAUAUAGUUGAAUAAAGAAUAGUGCUUUUAUUAGUACAAGUAUUAUUGUGACCAUAUCAUACUUCUUCAAAUAACUCCUGGCUGUCUGGGGAUUCUUCCACAUUGCCAAACAUAGGGGCACAUUCAAAUAAUAAUAUAUCGUAUAAAUUCAAUAAAU